CGUUGCCGCAAUCAGACGCAGAGAAUCUCAAGCAGCAGCAAAGUUGUAAAAAAGUUUACUUUUCUUUAACGGAAUUCAGUGAAAUUGUCGCGCAUAUAACAAAAAUGGUUAUCGAUAUUAAAAUGUGCCGCUUUGAUAAUGUGCCGUGGGGUUUCCGGCUUGUCGGUGGAGCCGACUACGAUUAUCCGUUGACUGUGGUUAAGGUAACUGAGGGCAGCAUUGCCGAGGAGGCGGGACUGUGUGUGGAGGAUAUCAUUGUGCGCAUCAAUGAUACGGCUGCCACGCCCCUCACGCACGAUGAGGCACAUCGCCUCAUUCUGGGCAGCGGCAGCGUCUUCUACUUUGGCGUCUAUCGCGAACACGAGGAGGAGCUGCUGGCCGAGGGUCCCCUGAGAUUCCCUGUGAGCGCGAGUUCAUUGACCAAGUCACCGUCGCCGGGUCGUUCCGAAAUGUCGCUGUCGCUGCCAUCGCUAACGGAAGCCACAAAAGCGCUCAUGCCGGAAGAGGAACAGCAGCAGCAGUUCGAGACGGCGACGGAGCUGGAAGUGGAUGCGGAAUGUCGCCGAGCCAUGACGGAAAUGCAUGCGGUGGAUGACGAAGGGCAACCGGAGCAGCAAGAGGAGCAAGAGGAGCGGCAAUCGGAGCUGCAGCCAGUCCAAGUGGACAACCUUUAUUUGCCCGAUUUGCCCGAUCGUCCGUGCUCGGUGCUGUCGGAGCAGUCGGAAAUUAAGCUGGUGGAGGAGGAAAUUGCCGCCGUGCUGUCCGGCGAAUCGGAGGUGCUGAAGGAGCACAAUGUGCUGGGCGUUAAUUUCUAUAGAAUCUUCCCCAAGCCGGGCGUCUGCAUGACCAGCGAUGUGCUGCGCUCCCUCAACGAGGAAGUGACCAAAACGAAGCAGGAGAAGGAGAAGGAGAAUCGCAAGUGGUCAACGUUCCUGCAGCGACCCGAUCGCCCUGUGCCCAAGAGCCGUCAACAACUGGAGGCGGAGCGAAGAGCGGCGAAUGCCUACAAGGUGAAGAUUGUGAAGUCAGCGCCGCGCGAAAAAUCUCCCAUGCCGGAAGCGAAGCCGGAGGUGAAGACUGAGACGGAGGCGGAGACAGUGGCAAAGGAAGCGUCCCCAGAGGCAGCUGAGCUCAAGGCUGAAGACCAGCCAGAAGAACAGAAGGAAGAGGAGGAAGAGGAGCCGCUGCCCACGGAUAGUGAAGUGCCGAAUUUGGAACGAUUACCAGAGAAUGACAAUGGCAGCGAGGUUGCCAAUGCAGAGGCGGAUGGCGAGCAGUUGGAGAAAGCGGAUGCUUCCAAGGAAGAGCCACAGCAAGACAGGGAAGCAGUAGAGGAAGAGAGAGCAACUGAAGUGGAGGUGAAAGAGACAACGCCACCGAAAACCGAUGAGGAACUUGCCCUAGAGAAGCAACUGUCCGAUGUGCAAAAACAGCUAGCAGCACUCUCAUCGUUGCCCUCGACCAUACAGUCGACCCUCGAUGCGGUGACCAAGCAGCUGGCCGAGCUGCUGCCCACAUUUAAGCUGCAGCAACAGCAGCAGCAGCAAGAGCAGCUGCCACAAAUCGAUGAAGGGGAGCAACAGGCAAAGGAGGAGGAGGAGGUAGAGAAGGAGCAGAAGCAACCUGACCAACUGGCCGCAGGCGAGAAUGAAGAUAGCAGGAACGUGGCAGCACCAUGUGAAAAUAAUGAGGAUAAAUGCGACGCCAAUGACCUGGAAGUGGCAGAAUUUUCCCACUCAAAUGGCGACAAUCGUGAACUGGACGAGCAGCUCAGCGAGCAGCAGACCCUCAAGAAGCAAAAGAAACACAAUGUCAUUGAGGAGCUUGAGGAGCAUUUGGUGCGCAAAAACAAUCCGAAACGUUCGAAGCGUGCCUUUGGUCCCCUGACGCCAUCAUCGGAGCGUCCUUUGGUGCUGCCCGGUGGCAGACGUUGGUACCGACCCAAGGAUGCCUACAAUGAUGAAUUCAUUGCCGAGACGCUCAGUGCCCAGGCGGAGCUUAUAACUGGCAGCACGCUGGGAUUGCGUUUUGGAAUCGUUUAUUCAAUGGCGAGCACAUCACACGACAGCGUUUCAGGGAGCAGCAGAGCCUCAGUGUGGCAAGUUGAGUGUGCGUUGGCUUUUCGCAGGGUCAACUUCAUGAAGUACCAGAAGCCGGAGCGUAAAAUCGACCUCAAUCGCAGCGAGGUGUACAAAGUGGUGCAUCAUCUGGAUAGGGCGCCGUUGCAUGGCAUCGAGGUGCGUGCCCCGCUUGUGGCAGCCGAAUCGGACAUACGCCAAGCGUUGCAGUCAUAGAAGCAAAUUCCCCAACCAACAAUUUGUCCCCCAGUUUUACAAAAGAGAAAUAUAGCUAUCGUAUAUCGUA